GGCAAAACCCUCUUUUCUUCUUCAUCUUUGUUCUUCUUUCGCCAUGGAUCCUAUUACAGUUGCAACUGCUAUCUUUCUCGAUGCUGCUCGUGAUGGAGAACUCAAUCUACUCAAACAAUCGGCAGCAGCACUAGAUCAUUUUCUUGGAGUUGGAAUACCUGCAAUACUCGAGAAUACUAAAGAUGGAGACGGCAGAAGAGCGAUUCAUUAUGCUGCUGCUGGAGGGAGAGUGAAUGUUCUCAAGUAUUUGAUUGAGGAAAUGGGACUUGAGGUAGAUGUGAAAGAUAAUACAGGUGAAACUAGCCUAUGCGGUGCAGCCAUAGAAGGGCGCUUGGCCGCUGUGGAAUAUCUUCUUGAAAUGGGUGCGAAUCCUGAAAUACCAGAUGAUUCAAAUUGUACUCCUUUGCAUCAUGUCGCGCGGGAAGGGAAUAAAGAUGCCAUACCCUUGUUACUUUCAAAAGGUAUGAAUGUGGAUGUUACAAAUGAUAUUGGUUCACCGUUACAAUAUGCUACACUUGCUGGCAAACACGAUACUGUCCAAGUUCUUCUGGAUCAUGGUGCCAAUCCCAAUUUGGUCUUCUGUGAGACAGUUACUCCACUUCAUACAUCCAUCACUUCCCAAUCUUGGCAAUUAGUAGAAGCAUUACUGAAGGCAGGUGCUGAUCCCAAUGGCGGACCAGAUGGGAUAAGAGCGCUGCCAUUUGCAGCUGAAAUGGGGGAAAUACAAAUCAUCAAGUUGCUGGUUGACGCUGGUGCAGAUCCAAAUGUUACAAAUAUAAGCAGGCUAACACCACUAGAACUCGCAGCUGUUAAUAAUAAUCGUCAGGGUGUUGAGAUUCUUUUUCCUGUGACUUCUCCUAUUCCAUCAUAUGUUGACUGGAGCAUAAAUGGAAUAAUAAAGCAUGUAAAUUCUAAGGAGUUUUACGAUAAGAUGAUUCAUAACGAGAAGGCGAAUUUCCUUGAGGCAAAAUCAAGGGGCACAAGUGCAUUCCGUAGGAAGGAGUAUUGGCUGGCAGUAUAUUGGUACACAGAGGCCCUCAGCAUUAAACCUGGUGAUGCAGCUGUGCUAUCCAACAGAAGCAUGUGUUAUGCGUAUUUAAACAAAGGAGAUCUUGCGUUUGAAGAUGCUAAGCAAUGCGUGUUGGCAAAACCAGACUGGCCUAAGGCGUUUUAUAGGACAGGCGUAGCACUCAAACUGCUGAAUAGGCUUGGUGAUGCAGCAGAUGCCCUUUUUGAUGGUUUGAAACUGGAUCCUGAAAAUAAAGAGCUUGAAGAUGCAUUCAGGGAGGUUUCUGUAGACAGGUUGAAGGCCAUCAAUGUCCCAAUUUAGGUCGAAAAGAAGAUCAUCGACAUAUAUGCCUGACAUUCUGAAACCUUUUUCUGGUAGAAGUUUUCUGUAAGGUUAUGUAUAAAGUUAGCUCUUGAAAGUAUAUAAAAAAUCAGGUCUUCUAAAGCAUCAGGCUGCUGUGUAUGCAUAACCAACUUGUAUGCUGUGAGGUUUCUUAGCCAGCUUUAGAAUGCCAAUUUUGGUUUCUUAGCAUCAGUUUUGAAAGCCUGCUGUGGGUUCUACUAUGAAAAUUGAGUAGGUUUAGUUCCAAAGACGAAUGCGCAAGGCUGGUAAAUCAGAGGAAUUCAUAUGUAGUAAAGUAGCCCUUGCAUCAUUCUCGCGUGGUUUGGCGCGCAGGUAGAGAUGUUUUAAUACAGGUUUUUGCCCUUGCCGGCGUCUUUAUUACUGGGUAUUUUUUUGGUUUUCUUUACUUUUCUUGUUACAGCUGCUAGUUUUUUCAUUAAAGUGGAACUGAACUGUCACAGUAAGGAGAACAUAGAUUCCUUUCAUGGUAAUUCAGAAUUUUUCUUGGCUAUUGGGAAGGAGAACAUAGAUUCCUUUCA